GUUGAACUUGUGAAGAACAUCUUUCCACCAGAUGCCGCUUUAUGAACGUCCAUCGUGAGGUGCACUUUGCGGUUCUAACAGCUUCUGAUAGCGAACUGCCCGAAUAUGGCUUUGAAGCGCCAGUCUAUGUUAACCCUACCGAUUAUAUUGAUUUUAAGAACGGCUAUACGGACACCCUGAAUCACCGCCGAUCGAGAUGGGCAGAACAAUUCUCAAGAAAGUCAAUAGCUCGAGGUCGAAAGUUGAAAAGGUUUUGUCGUAAAGGCAUUCCACCGGCCAGCCGUCCAGAGGUAGUUUUUUUUCAAAUGUUAAACUUGUUCCAGAUAUGGAUGAUGGUAUCUGGUGCAAAAUCCCGUAUGGAGGCUAGCCCUGGUUUAUACCUCGAAGCCCUUUCGAAAGAACCAGACAAAAAAAUCAUGAGCGUUAUCCUAGCAGAUCUCCCCAGAACAUUCCCGGAAAACGUGUUUUUCAAGAAUUUCACCGAUCCAGAGAGCAAACUUCCAUCCCUUAAACGAGUGCUCGUAGCGUUUGCUGCUCAAUUUCCAAAAGUUGGCUAUUGCCAGGGAUUCAAUUACAUCACCGCGAUGCUCCUCCUGGUUCUACGAGGUUCUCCUGAAGCCAAUGAAGAACGCGCAUUUUGGCUUUUGGACGCCUUAAUCAAUCACCUACUACCUCCUUAUUAUUCCGAUGAUAUGGUAUCAGUUCGACGGGACUGUAUGGUGCUUGGAGAUCUUAUCAAGUUGAGGGAUCCUGCCUUGAACUCCAUUGUGGUGAACUCAGGUGUCAAUUAUACCACCUUGUGUGCCAAGUGGUUUAUUUGUCUGUAUGCCGACGUCCUUCCCAUUGAAACAACCAUGCGAAUAUUCGAUUGCCUGUUCUACGAAGGUGACAAAAUUCUGUUUCGAGCCGGUUUUGCGCUUAUCCGACUGCAUCGUAAUCAUCUGCUGCAGUGUGAUGAAUUUCCUGCACUGCUUACCACCUUCCGUAGCAUGUGUCAGGACAAACAAACGCUAUGGUGUCAUGAGUUUCUCCAGGCAACUGAAUGUGCUGCACCAGGCCGCCUCAUGUUUCAGGCGCUACGAAAGUACAUUACAAAGAUAUACAUGUAUCGCGAUAUCUCGAAUAUCAUGGUGACUGAAACAUGA